UCUCCUCUCUCGUCCGUCUCUCUCUCUCUCUCUCUCUUCCCCUCUCCCCCUCUCCCUGUUUCUCUCUCUUUCGAGAGCAGAGUCAAGAACAUGCACCGGGACACCAUUGCUGCUGUGGUCUGUACAGCUACCGUGCUUCUAAUCAGCAAUGGCUGCCUCUCCAUGGGCAUGGUGGAGGACAAGAUCAGCGUGUUGCCAGGGCAGCCGCCGGUCAGCUUCGCACAGUACUCCGGCUACGUGGCGGUGGACGCCGUGAAGAAGAGGUCGCUCUUCUACUACUUCGCCGAGGCCGAGCUAGAUCCGGCCACCAAGCCUCUCGUCCUCUGGCUAAAUGGAGGACCUGGUUGUUCAUCUGUGGGGGUGGGGGCAUUUUCAGAGAAUGGGCCAUUCAGGCCUAGUGGCAAUGCCCUUGUGAGGAAUGAGUAUAGCUGGAACAAAGAGGCCAACAUGCUGUAUCUGGAGAGCCCUGCAGGGGUGGGCUUCUCCUACUCCACUGAUCCUUCCUUCUAUGGGGGUGUUGGGGACAGCAUGACAGCCAGGGACAAUUUGAAGUUCUUGCAAGGCUGGUUUGACAAGUUCCCACAGUACAAGGGCAGGGACUUGUAUAUCACAGGAGAGAGCUAUGCUGGCCACUAUGUUCCGCAACUAGCGCAGCGCAUGGUCGAGUUCAACAAGAAGGAGAAGCUAUUCAAUCUGAAAGGCAUUGCUUUGGGCAAUCCGGUCCUUGAAUUCUCAACUGAUUUCAACUCAAGGGCCGAGUUCUUCUGGUCGCAUGGGCUGAUAUCGGAUUCAACUUACAACAUUUUCACUACAGUCUGCAACUAUUCGCGGUAUGUAAGCGAGUACUACCACGGCUCGAUCAGCCAGGUUUGCGACAGGGUGAUGAAUCAAGUUACCAGAGAGACCAGCAGAUUCGUCGACAAGUAUGACGUCACCCUCGACGUCUGCAUCUCUUCAGUUUUGAGUCAAUCCAAAAUCCUCUCACCAAAGCAAGUGAACAGGGAGCUCGAUGUGUGCGUCGAGGAUGAGACGGUGAACUACCUCAACCGAAAAGAUGUGCAGAAAGCAAUGCACGCGCAGCUCAACGGUGUGCCCAAGUGGACGGUUUGCAGCAGUAUUCUUGAGUACAAGCAACUGGACCUCAAGAUCCCGACCAUCAACAUCGUCGGCGCGCUUGUCAAGGCUGGCAUUCCGGUGCUGGUUUACAGCGGCGAUCAGGACUCGGUGAUCCCCCUGACGGGCAGCAGGACGCUUGUGCACGGCCUCGCCAAGAGGCUCCGGCUCAAGGCCACGGUGCCGUACCGGGUCUGGUUCGAAGGGAAGCAGGUAGGCGGAUGGACGCAGGUGUUCGGCGACGCGCUGUCCUUCGCGACCAUCCGGGGCGCGUCGCACGAGGCGCCCUUCUCGCAGCCGGCGAGGUCCCUCGUGCUCUUCAGGGCGUUCCUCGCCAGCCGGCCGCUGCCGGAAGCGUUCGAGUGA